GUCACACGGACAAGUAUGAAGCGCAAACUCAGUAGCCAUGUUUUCGGUUACAUCUGUUUUUAUUGGGGGAGAAGCCCCUCGGUUUGUGCCGGUUUUCCUCUGACUGCGACUCAUCGUAACGUUUUUGCGUCGCACUUCUGCACAAAAUCCACGUUGGACAGAAACAACAUGGAUCUAAGUAACAUGAGGAAGAAAUACAAAGGAGACGAAGAGUGUUUUAAAGAAAGCCAGCUGGUGUCUUUGGACCCCAUUGAGCAGUUUGGAAACUGGUUUGAAAAAGCCACAAAGUGCCCCGAAAUUUUAGAGGCCAACGCUAUGUGCAUCGCCACUGCUACUAAGGAAGGACGUCCGUCUGCUCGCAUGGUCCUGUUGAAAGGCUACAGCAGUGAGGGUUUCCGCUUCUUCAGCAACUAUGAGAGCAGAAAAGGCGCUGAGCUGGAGACAAAUCCGUUUGCGUCCCUGGUCUUCUACUGGGAACCACUAAACCUGCAGGUUCGCAUUGAAGGAACUGUGGAACAAUUGCCCUACCAGGUCUCCUGCGAAUACUUCCGCUCUCGACCAAAGAGCAGCCAGAUUGGAGCUGCUGUCAGUCGACAAAGCAGUGCUGUUCCUAACAGAGAAUAUUUAACACAGAAGAAAACAGAGCUGGAAGAGAAGUACAAGAACAGCGAGGUUCCUAUGCCAGACUUCUGGGGCGGCUACAUUGUCAAGCCUGAUUGCAUUGAGUUCUGGCAGGGCCAAACAGACAGACUUCAUGACCGCAUUGUCUUCACUAAACGGAAGGAAGGAGAGUGUGAGCUGGGAGACUUUCAGCACGCUGCAGCGGGAGACUGGGUGUAUCAACGGCUGUCUCCAUGAGACAGCUGAGUGUCGUGCACUCAUCAGGCUGUAGUUAAAUAAUGAUUAAACAUAUGGUAGUUAUUUAUUUAACAGCAGUUGUGUUGACCUUGGGACCAGAAAAGUGUCAUUUCCAGGAGGUUUCAUCAACACUUCAAGCAAUAUGUCACCAAACUAUUGUGAGACCUCAGUUAAAUUGCACUCAUUAUGUGAUGUGCCAACUGUGGCAAUGGAUUUUCUUGAAGUAAUUAUACUAGUAGAACUGAUGGUGUCAUUUGUGCCAAGUAUAUUGUGUGUCUUGUACCACAUUAGAAGGAUAUAGUAAUAUUUUUUUAAAUAAAUGGUAGAACUUCGAUUCGCUGUGGGAUCACGAUUUGUAACCAAUUUCAUUUUGAGGCCAGCAGAGGUCAGCAAUACAAUACUUAGAAACGGUGUCACUCACAAUUGAAAAGAGCAGUACCUCAAAAUAAAAGAAUAAAGAAA